AUGCCCGCCAGGAAGGCAAAAUCAGUUUCAAAAUCACCGACGGAAUCCAUGCUAUCGCUGUCGACACCGCAGGGAACGAAACGCCGAAAGACAUCGGACGAGACACCAAAGGCAAAGAAACGCAAAGUCAUACAAGGACAGGCCAGUGAAGCAGAAUCCGAGUAUGUGCCAUCUGCGAAAGAUUUGAUCAGCGACGUCCCAAGAGAUGAAAAUUUUACAAUUGACAUGUUACUUCCGGAUCUCGCUACAUCGUACGUGGGUCGAUUCAAAACGCCCGUACCAGUACGGCCGGAAAGGAAGGCAUGGCCACGACAAUCUAGUCCCCUGAUAGAUCCUGACAAAUUGCCUUCGGGCUGGAGCAUGGCUGAGCGGGAUCUAAGCCCACAUGAUCUCGAUGCACAAAUUGAAAGAUGCCACGUGAGAAUCAAAGAGAAUAUCAUGCCUCACAUCUUUGAACACAGACUAAAGGGAUUGAAAUUCUGGCAGGCCGGCCGAAUUGCACUGCGCGAAUCGGAACCUGGGAACCAUAGCUUGGAGGUCCUCAAACGCUUGGAAAUUCUGAGGAACAUGGAAGUUGAACUACAAAGCUUGGAUGACUUCAAUCAGCUCCCUAAUGUCCGGGCACUGCUGAAGGCCUACCGCGGAGGAACGCUUCAUUGGAAUCAAGAAAUGGUCACUUAUUGGUCCAAAGGUGUGCAAUUGUGUGAGCCAAGGCCGUUCAAUUGGGAUGAAUUUGAGGUUCUCAACGCGCACCAUUCUGGUAGAACCGGAUUUUGGAUGGAAGGACUACUUGGGCCCGGACCUUCAUACUCACUGGCAGCCAUUGGUUUAGGUGGACAACCCCCGCCUAAUGGAUUUUUUAUUCGCACGUAUAUGAUUGCCAUUCGCGUCCCCGGCACGAGGUGGUACGCAGAGCUUGAGUUCAUAUAUGACACUGGGGCAUCCAUCAUGACACUAUAUGCGGGUGAUCUUCAACAUAUUAUGGGAAGAUCGACUGGGGAACCCCAAGUCAUGGGACUAAACACAGUAGAACUGGCCGAUGGUAGACUACAGACUGGCCCAGUGGUUGAACUUGAAGUCACCAUACUGGAUACCGAUGAAAGGCGGAUGACAAAAUGGGUCAGAGUGCAAUGUCAGGUAGAUCGAGGUUGGAGUAAUGGAUUGAACAGAUUGGAUGGCCCAUGGCUACGGCAAAUGCUAUAUACAGCGUCAGCCCCACGCGGCGAGGAUGACAUGCUGUGGAUUGCGAAUAGCUACCCUCAAAUCAUCGCUGCUUUACCUGAUACAGGUGAUACUCGAAGUGCUCCGACUCUGGUUCCCGCAAAACUGCCCUUGGAUCCAGGUGGGCGACCCUUGCUGUGGCCUCGAGGACGUCCUGGACCUCAGGAACCCGCUCCACCCGUUCUGCGUCAAAAGAUGCCCAGAGCUGCAUAG